AUGCCUCCGAGGAAACGCGUUCGAAAAAGCUCUCCUCCCGCCCCAUCAUCUCAACCUUCGGAUCGCCAGCCGGACGACCAAAGCCAGCCACACGUAGAUGACGACAAAGAUGCCAAAGAUGAGCAAAUUCUAGCUUCUAGCAGUCAGAAGACGGAGAGCAGUUUUGACGGUGCCGAGUCAAUCGACACAGCUAUCAUCGACGAAGAAGAGGGUUUCGAUGAUGUCAUUGGUGACAAAUCCGAGGCCACGGGAGGUCCAAAUGCGGGCCCAAGUGGCCGGCAGAGUUACAAUUACGGUGCCGGGGGAUACAAUGCGCUUAAGUCUUUCCAUGGGCAAGUCUAUUCGGGAAUGGCCAUCGGCGGGUCUCAUACGUGGAACUACGACCAAGGGGUAUGGAAAGAGACCAAGGUAGAGCCUGACCUGUGGAAGAUUGACUAUCAGACGACCAAGAGGAGGGCACGCAGAGCCCCGGCUGGAAGUGGUGCUCCGAUUGGCACCGAAUAUCACUGGCUUAUUGUGGCUCAUCAGAAUGUUAAGAAGGUCGAUGCCAACACGUACGAGACUCAUCUCACAGGUUCCAAGUACAAGCUGGCCCACAAGUUGUCGUCUUCCAACACCUGGUCUGUCCCAACGGUCAAGGGUCAGCGACAGCGUGAGAUUGACCUGUUGGAUGACGCGAAGAGGCGCGUACAAGGGCUGCCGCCAGUUCUAGCGAGCGAGAAGGUCAAGGUUGAGAAGACAGAAAAGGGCCAGCAGAAGCUCGACGCACUUUUCAAAAAGUCGAGUGCUGCUCACGGGACGAAAAGGAAGAACGAUGCUGUCGGUGACUGA